ACGAAACUUUUAACGGUUAAAAAAUGUUAUCCUCCAAGUAUUUGACAUUUAUGUGCAGUCUAGGACUCUGCCUUACUCUGAUUAGCUGUAGCGAAGAAGACCAGGACAAUUAUCGACCUUCUCCCAAGUUUAUGGCGCCCAAGAAAUUCAAACAUCUGGAUGAUGAUGCCACACUUAACAAACUAGACGACUCUUUGGCCAAAAUCUCCACCAUCUACAUGCAGGCCUUAUUUUCGGGAACGCAUACCCCGAAUUUGGAGAUGAAUAUGCGAAAAUUGGAAAUUGAAUUAUUUGAUCUAUUGGAUGUCUUGUAUAAGGAAGAACGCAUCAAAGAAUAUAUGAAAUAUGAAUCGGAGGUCACACGGCAAAUGAUUUUGUACAACAUGCUUAAGAAAUUAUUUGGUUAUGCUGAGAAUGAAGAAAAUGAAAAGGCUACAUGAUCUACUUCCUAUUGCAAAGGAGGAAUUGAAUCUGUAACAAUCUGUGAUGGUUUUAUAUUUCUGAUAGUCCUGAUAUUUCGGAGAGACUGAAAAAGUCUGGGUAUAUCUUGCGCGACUGGAAUCGGAGGCUUUAUAUUUAAUAGUUUUAAGUAAUAGCCUAUAAUAAAUCUAACACAUUUGAGCUCAAGUGUUUAACUUUGAA